GAGUUUAUAAAAGUGCUACAGCAUUUCGAGAUUAGCCACAGUCGCGUUUAACUUCUCGUUACAAAAACGAUUCUAAUUUGAAAGAAAGCAGCAUCAAAUAUAGUGGCAAAAGUGAGCAACAAUGCGGUAUAAAAGUGCACACACACGCACAAUGGCUGCGAUAAAAGGACUUUUAAUUGUGUUUGCCUGUGUGAGUGUUGUGCACAGCUUAGACUAUUACACGGAAAAACCCUCUUUCAUGCAAACGUGCCGAAUCAAUGACCCGGAAUUUGUGAAAUGUUCUACAUCCAGUAUUCAAAAGUUAAUGACCGAAUUGGGCAAAGGCAUUCCGGAAAUAACCGAAGUAAUUGGAACAUUUGAUCCACUGAAGAUCAAGGAAAUACAGUUUGCACAGGAUAAUCAAGGCGCUGUGCAACUGCAUGCCAAUCUCACUGAAAUGGUGGCGACUGGAUUGUCGAAAUUGGUGAUUAAGGAAAGCAAGGUUAGUAAGAAGGACUACAGCUGGGAGACUAAGGUUUAUGUGCCCAAGCUACGUUUGGAGGGUCAAUAUAAAAUGGCUGGAAAGAUACUUUUGAUACCAUUGAAUGGAGCCGGUCAUAUGUUUAUUGAAAUUGAAAACCUAAACAUACUCAUGCGCACUAAAACUCGACUCUAUGAGAAAGGCGAUUUCACCUUCUACAAUGUCACUAAGCUGCGCAUGGAUUUGAGUCCAGGCGGUGUGAAAACAAAUUUUGAAAAUAUUUUCAAUGGUAAUAGCAAAGAGGUGGAGCGUAGCACUAAUCUGUUCUUUAAUGAAAACUGGCGUGAGUUCUUCGAAGCGCUGCGCCCGCUCAUAACGGAAACUGUGGAAACUACCAUGUUGGACAUAUUGCAGAAGGUCUUCCAUUUGGUGCCGGCGAAUUUCUUCGUUGAAGAUAUACCAACUUCAACGGAAUUGUACAGAAAGGGGAAGAAAAAGUAAAUACAGUUAUAUUGAAUAAUAUACAAAUAGUGGAAGUAAUUAAAUAUAGUGAAAUCUUAAAGUUGACUAAAAUUGCUUUUAAAUCGAAA